AUGUGGGAUGAUGAUGACGGUGCCGACUUCCAAGUUGACGAUCUGGACCAAGAUUUGAACACUGCAGCCACAGAGGCACAGGAGAGGCUCCGACGCGAGGCCGAGACGUUCGGCCUGUGGAAUCCGGUGCUUGCUGCUCGAGAGACAGGGUUUGGAGAUGCGGAGAGCGGAGAGAUACUGAGAGAUAUGUUGGGCGAGGAUCCAGAAGGCGAUGAUAUUCUAGAUGAGUUGCUGCGAAAUGCUGCACGGAUGCAUGAUGAACAUCAUGAUGAGAUGAACAACAAUCCUUCUCAUGAAUCAGGAAAUCCAGAGGACCAUUCCCGCAGCUGGUUUCCGUAUGAAUCUAAAGUUAUGUUCCUCCUGGACAUGAUCGAUAAUCUCCCCCGGUUGCGGAUAUCCAGCUCGCUGAUGCGUGUUCUGUUGUGGGUCCUGAAGGAGAUGGGGGUGCGUCAUGUACCAUCUUUGGAUCGCCUCCGAAAGGUGCAAAAGGAUCUUCGUCAAUCAAGUGGUGUCGAAUCAAUUGAUUGUGUCUCGGUCCGCGGCAACCGGUUCACGCUCAAUGACCCUGUUGCCUUGGACUACGCGAACCCAUUGACCGUACCAUUGCUGGAACGAUAUCCCGUUAAACCGGAUGGUAAGAUCAGUGAGGUGUAUCACGCUCAGAAAUGGCACCAAGACGUACCCCUGGACGCUCUCAGUCCAAUGUAUGAUGAUCGCAAAGGCCACCAGCAUUUCUAUGUCAAUGAACUUGCACAGAUGCGGGAUGGAUCGUUCGUCAUCCCAUUCCGAUGGCUUCACAGCGACUAUUCCAACGCAAUCUGUGACUCACAUUACGUUUUCAUGGCCAAUCAGGAUGGUAUUGCAGAUAUUGUCGACGAAACAAAGCUCUUUGUUGCUGCACACGACCUUGCAAGUAACUAUCUCGCCCUCAAGGACCGAGGGCACCUUCCGUUAGGCUGCAGCUCUCGCUCCUUAGACCAUGGAUAUCCUACGGAAAUGCCCAACCCACUCCGUCUAGUCGCUAAGGGGCGGCCACUGUACACCAGCUUUGUCGACUAUUUCGGUGAUGACGUAUCAGCAAAUCGGUCAAAGGCAUGGAACAAACAUUGGAACGGAUACAUCACUCACCGGAAUCUACCCCGCCGCAUUAUCCAACAAGAGUUUCAUAUACACUUUGUCUCCACCUCCCCGAAUGCAGGAAUCGCCGAACAGUUUUGUGCUGCAAAGAAACAGAUACAAGCGACACACACGGAGCCAGUAGUUGUUUUCGAUGCAGCCACCGAAGACGAGGCGGCUCUUCGGUUAUACGUGAAUGCAGAAACCUCUGAUAACCCGAUGUCGAGUGAAGUUGCAUCGCAUAUAGGCGGUCAAGGUAAUUACCUGUGCCGCAAGUGCGACACUGGUGGUACGGACAAGGACAAGGAAAGUGAUGAAGGGUUUGAAAAGCUAUUCACUUCGGGCAACCUGCGCAGCAAGGAGGCGAUCAUAAAAGAACUCACCCAUCAAAUAUUUGAGGCGUGCUCUGGCGUGGCAAAGCGGGUCUCGACUGCUCAGACAGAUUCCGGGGUCAAGGACGCAUACACCCAGUACUUCAUCGAGAAGCUCAUUGCAGAAGCUCGUACGCUACGGGACGACAAUCCAGAGAUGACUAUCAGUGAAGCCCAGAAGUUCUUGUGGGCGAAGUACAGCGGGGAGCUUAACGAAAUGUUAAGUCCCUUCCUAUCUAUGGAAGGCUUUGACCCGUCUCAGGACACCCCGGUUGAGCUUCUGCAUACCAUCCUCUUGGGCAUCGUCAAGUAUAUCUGGCAUGCAACUCAUACGAAGUGGAAUGCGGCCCAGAAACGCACAUAUGCAUUGCGACUUCAAGCAACCAAUCGGGAUGGAUUGUCUAUCCAUCCGAUCCGUGCAAACUACAUCAUGCAGUAUGCCAACUCCCUGAUCGGACGUCAGCUCAAGACUGUUAUCCAGACUGCCGUCUUCCACGUUCACGACCUUGUCGAUCCCCUACCAUUCAGAUUAUGGAAAGCUGUUGGUGACUUGGCGGUUCUUCUCUGGUUCACUGAGAUAUCGGAGCCAAACCUCGAGCAGUACCUGGCCGAUAUUGAGGUUGCCGUGGCAAACGUGCUCGACCUAUUUGCGGGCAUGGACGCCAGCCAACUAUUGGAGAAGAUCAAACUCCAUCUGCUCAAUCAUAUCUGUCAGGACACUCGUCGAUUUGGUCCUUUGCUCAAUGUGAUCACCGAGUCAUACGAAUGUUUCAACGCUGUUUUCCGUGCAUGCUCUAUUCUUUCCAACCAUCUUGCUCCCAGCCGCGACAUUGCCAACCAACUCGCAGAUCUCGAGGGCUUCAAGCACCGUCUUACCGGUGGAUGGUGGGCUGAUGAUAGCACAGGUACUUGGGUUCGUGCUGGUAGCGACGUCCGCGACUUCAUGCAGACAUGUCCAAUGCUUCAGACCAUGCUUGGAUGGUCUGAUCCUGCCCAUCUUAAGCCAGCAUCCGUAAGGCUUGUACCGAAUUCUCGCAGCCGCCCCGCAGUCGAUCUCCUGGCUCUGGCCAGUCAUGCACUCAAUAUUGCGGAGUUCAAACCCCUCGCUGGAUGGCUCAAAUGUGCGUCUGCUGUGUCCCAGAGCCUUGACGAGUGUUUCGACGGAUCCUGGAUAUAUGCGGAUUCAUCCAUUGCAAAUGGAAGCCCAAUGACUGGGCGAAUCACUGCGAUACUCACGCGCUCAGUUGACUCGCGCGACUCGGAUGUGAUUGCCAUCAUCGAUGUGUAUCAUGUGUCUGCGCACCGCCAUGACAUCUAUGAUAUGCCCGUGUUGACACGGAGACAUGGCGAGGAUGAAUGCCUGAUUAUCCCUGUGAAGAACUUAAAGUUCAAGUACAAUGUACAGCACGACUGCGUGAGCGGGAGGUGCUCUGCCACCGGCGCACGGCCCCGCAUGCAAGAGCGACAGGAAACAACCAUCACAGAAGAGUACAUUGAACACGACCCUAUUGACCGUUGGAUCAUCAACACCCUCAGCUUCCAUAAUGCUCAUCUCAUCCGAGAAAUGCUGCCGCGGUCACUUUGGGCACCCACUCCUUUGCAUAACUCCGAGGACCGACAGGCGAAGCAUGAUGAAUAUGCGGCAGAAAUGCGCGAGAAGCGGAAUGGUAAACGUGCAGUGCAGAAGGAAAAAGCAGAUGCUAAGCGAGCUGCUAACGCGAAUGUGGAUCAUGGUGCAGUACCCGUGGAUGGAGUGGGAGGUCGAAAGCGAAAGCGGCAGACUGGAUCUUAGUGGUAGAUAUUUGUGCGAGGCUCAAGUCCGUAAGCGCCCUAGAAAGCGUUCUCUCGGGUUCUUCCCAUCUAUAAUGAAUGUUCGGCACCUACAUGCAUCGAGAGCCAGAAUUAAAACCUGGUUUUACAUAUAUAAAAAACGUACCCC